CUCUCAUAAAAGGACUGCGACAGGAAGCGGGCUGCAGGCGCUGGGACCAUACAAGUCACGUGCCUUAUCGAGAAGGUGCUUGGAGACCAUGCAGGGGUCAGUGGCUGGAGCCUAGCCCCCGGUUGCCUCAGAUUGGGGCACCAGCCACUCGGGAGCAUGAUGUCGCCAAGGCCGGUCCUGACUUACGCAGACGUACUCUGUACACUACCUAAGACGACGACAUGCGACCAAGCCGAACCCGCCGCAUCUAGACCGUUUCCGGAUUUCUCACCUUUACGACCUGCAACCCACCGACGAACCUACAUUGACGACCAUCGAAAAACGACGAACACCUUCUUUCUCAUUCAAUCAGCCAGCUAAACAGGAGGCCGUUUCACCUACCCCAUCAUCCCCUUACGCCCCCCAGAAGACGAGCACGGAAGCAAGCCAACCGCCAUCAUGUCAAACCCACUCGACACCGAACCUGGCUCCGAGCGCUUCAGCGACUACGAAGCGGAGUUGAAGCUCGUACAGGCCGACCUCGUCCAGAAGCUCGACCAGAUCCCCGAACUGACGGGCGAGCCGCGCAAGGCGGCCCUCUCGUCCGCCGAGCGCGCCCUCGAGGAGGCCGACGAGCUGCUCGCCCAGAUGCGCCUCGAGAAGGCCAACAUCCCCACCACCCUCCGCUCCAAGAUUAACGCCCGCUUUCGCAACCACGAGUCCAACAUUGACGGCCACAAGCGCAAGCUGCGCUCCCUCGCCGACGACCGUGCCGCCCUCUUCGGCGCCCGCUACACCGACAACCCCUCGGGCAGCGGCCAGGACGUCCAGCUCGAGCAGCGUCAGCAGCUGCUCUCGGGCACCGACCGCCUCGACAGGUCCACCCAGCGGCUCAAGGCCAGCCAAGCCCUCGCCAACGAGACCGAGGGCAUCGGCGCCAGCAUCCUCGGGGACCUGCACACCCAGCGCGAGACCAUCCAGCACACCCACGACCGUCUGCUCGAGAGCGAGGGAUACGUGGACCGCAGCGUCAAGACGUUGCGGGGGAUGGCACGUAGGAUGGCUACCAAUCGGGUGAUCACCAUCUCCAUCAUCACCAUACUUGUUCUCCUCAUCAUGGCCGUCAUCUACAGCAAGUUCAGAUAGAGGGCACGUAGCGAGCAGCGGUAGCAGACAGAAAGGCCUUCGGGAGUGCCGGUUCCGGAGUUUUGGGUUGUAUAAGGGUUCCGUCAUGAAGUACCUGUGUUUUGUUUGUUUUAUUAUCUCCUCUCCUUUCCAUCAGGGGAGCCGCGGAGAGUGUUGGGUUGCUGUCUUUCAUGCAAAGAAGGAGGCCUCGGGUGCAAUGUUAAUUAACGAGUGGGAAAAAGCCCCUGGUCUGGGUUUGAAGCCGGCUGAGAGUCGAGACAGGGACGUGUUAAAUCGACCCCGCCAUGGCUGCCGUCCCUAUGCAUAUACGUAUUUCAGUCAAUCGUUGUAAAUACCAAUU